UCCGGUUCCGGGGGAGCCGGUAAGGGCUCAGAGAGCGUCGAAGGGCGGAGGUGGAGCGCGGGGGGCUCCGCCGCCGCGGAGCCUGGGCGUGCAGCCCCUGUACAGAGACUUAAGAUUGCAGUUCUCUAGUGAAGAAUAACUGAGAGAAACUGGCUGAAACUGUCACCCCAACUGCAUAUGCUUGACAGAGAACUGUUAGGAUGGGAAAUAGUGCAUUAAAAGCCCACCUGGAGACAGCACAGAAAACUGGUGUGUUUCAGCUGACGGGAAAGGGACUCGCAGAGUUUCCUGAAGAUCUGCAGAAGCUAUCAAGCAACUUAAGGACAAUAGACUUGUCGAACAACAAAAUAGAGCUCUUGCCACCACUCAUUGGAAAAUUUUCCUUUUUGAAGAGCCUUGCUCUGAACAACAACAAACUGACUGCCUUACCUGAGGAGCUGUGCAAGCUGAAAAAACUGGAAACACUCCAUUUGAAUGGCAAUCACUUGAGGCAGCUGCCGGCUGCCUUUGGACAACUUUCAGCUCUCAAAACCCUGAGCCUUUCUGGAAACCAGCUUCGGACUGUGCCCACACAACUCUGUGGUCUUCGCCACUUGGAUGUGAUAGAUCUUUCCAAAAACCAGAUCCAAAACGUGCCCGACACCGUGGGAGAAUUGCAGGCCAUCGAACUCAAUCUGAAUCAGAACCAGAUUUCCCAGAUCUCAGUGCAGAUCUCCCACUGUCCACGCCUCAAAGUCUUGCGUUUAGAAGAAAACUGUCUAGAGCUCAGCAUGCUUCCUCAGAGCAUCCUCAGCGACUCCCAGAUCUCACUGCUUGCAGUAGAAGGCAACCUCUUUGAAAUCAAGAAGCUCAGAGAACUGGAAGGUUAUGACAAGUACAUGGAACGAUUUACAGCUACAAAGAAGAAGUUUGCAUGAUCGUUAUUCCGAACCUCUGUAUUCCCAGUAAGAAGAGUUAGUGACUGAAGCACCUGCUUCACUGACUUAAGCCAAGACUGAUGAAGGUAGAUGAUCAGAGUACUCCUCCUCUAGUAGCCUGAGAUGGUCUGUUAAGGCCACAUGGAAUAAACAAUCUAGAGACUGUGGGUAUUGAAUGGAUGAAUCUGCCUAGGGGCCAGUUUUGAUUUUUUGUGCCACUAUAGCAAUUAACACAACACAUGUUCUCCUCUGUCAGGGCUUGUUCUUUCACAGAGAAGGGGAAUGAGCAUUUCAAAGUUUCCAGUUCCCUUUUGUCAGGAAGGUGACUGGUGUUUUGUCAGGAAGGUGGCUGGUGAGUUGUAAGAGGAUUAUUUCUUCUGGAAACACUUUUCCAUAAUAGCACAUGGAAGUUCUACCACCAAAGCAGAUCUGAAGCACCGUAUGUCUUGCUGUAAUCACUGCUCUACAGGGAAGAACUUUUACAGAUGAGGUUUUAGUUUAUAACCUGUAUAAGAUUUUUUUAUGAAGCACAAAUAGUUGUGGUUAAGUGUUUUAUUAACUGCUUCUGGUAAACAAAUCAUGGUUUAAGCAUCCUUCAUUCACAUUUUACUGUGCAGGCUUUCUUUUCCCAUAAGCAAGAAUUGCACUACAGUCUACUUCUGCUUGAGCUGUAUCAAAUAAAAAUGAGGUUCAUCUUCUGUGUAUUUUAUAAAAAUGUAUAUUGCUGGAAAACCUAAUAUCCUUGCACUGACUCCUUAUGUACAGAGCAAUGCUGAAAGGUUUAGUUCCCAGCCUGCUGCUGCCUUAUUACCAAAAGCACCUAGAAGGAGCUAUAAAUGUAUGCAAUUAUGUAACUUAUACUGAAAAGGAAAAUGUACUUGUUUAUUUUAGUAAAUAAUUUAAAAAAAAAAA